AUGUUUCAUCUCACUACAUGUAUCUGUAAGUGUAUUGUAAGGAAUAUUUAUGUAAAAAUUAAAUUAUAUCAUAAAAGACCACAGGAUUUUUCUACUGUGUACACAUUAGUAGCAAUGCAGCAAAAGAAAAAGUUAAGAGAUAUGAACAGCAACUUUAGUGCAUCGUUAACAAUUAUUGGGAGUGGAGCACCAGGAACUCCAGCGUGUGUAUUCCUUGUAACUGAUCAGAGAAAUUAUUUAUUUAAUUGUGGAGAGGGAACUCAACGCUUAAGUCAAGAAUAUCAUUGUAAAUUAUCCAAGUUAGAGAAUAUAUUUUUGACAAAUAUUUCUUGGAAAAAUGUUGGAGGGCUUCCAGGUUUGCUUUUAACAGCACAGGAUAAUGGUUCAACUACAAUGAACAUUCAUUCCCCCGAAGGAAUGGAUAUAUUCACAGAAACGAUUAAAAAAUUUACAUACUUAGGGAAAUUGAAAAUUUCUUAUUUUCCUACCAAUGAAUUUGAAGUGUACAGAGAUCAUGUAAUGACAGUUUCAUAUGUUAAUAUAACAAAAUCUUCGAAAUCUAUUGAAGAAUGUUCUUUAGAUAUGGAAGAUAAGAAACAAUAUUAUUCAAAUUUAAAUGGUAAAAGAGUUAUUGAUAAUGAAGUAGAGAUGAACAAAGAAAAGAAAAUAAAAAGCCUUCCACGUGUAAUGUGUUAUAUUUGUGAAAUUCAUCCAAGACGUGGAAAACUGUUAAUAGACAAAUGUAUUAACUUUGGCUUACCACCUGGACCACUCUUAACUCUCUUAAAACAAGGACUAAAUGUUACCAAAGAAGAUGGAACAAUUGUUCAUAGUAAAGAUGUGUGUUUACCAGAUAGUCCUAAAACCACUUUUAUAGUACCUAAAAUAAUCUUGACUAAUUACAAUUAAUUAAAAUUACAAAUUUUUUUAUUAUUAAAGAUAUAUCAACAGGCAGCAUUAAAUGAACAAAAUAUUGAAGUAUUUUGCAUACUUCAUUUUACUCCUGAAAAGGUUUUCACUGAUCAGAGGUAUCAAAAUUGGAUAGCAAAUUUUCCUUCUAAAGUCGAACAUAUAAUUUUAAAUAAUGAAAAUACUUGUAUGGGCAGUGAAGCUGUUCAUAAAAAUCAAUAUUUAUUGAAUACGUUACAUCCUGAGAUAUUUCCUUUACUAAACAAGAACUGGAUUAAAGAAGACGAAAAUAUCAAAAAUAAUUACAUUCACCGUGCAAGAGCAAUACAAGUAUUAAAACUGCGUCCAGUACCCAAAAAGUUAAUUAAAACGGAGGUUCACAUGGAACAACAAAUAUACAUUAAGCAACUUUCUGAAAUUCCUGACUUUCUGAAUGUUUUAAGUGAAUUGAAAUCAAAUAUUAACAAAAAAUCGACAGAACUUAACUUAAAUAAUACUUGUGAAUACCCACGAAUUGUAAUGUUAGGUACUGGUUGUAGUGUACCAAAUAAAGUUAGAAAUACAAGCAGUAUUCUGUUAAGAAUUGACAAAAGUAAUAGCAUCUUAUUAGAUUGUGGAGAAGGUACCCUUGGUCAGAUUAUUAGAUUGUAUGGAAUUUCAGAAAGUGACAACAUUUUGCGUAGCAUUAAGGCUAUUUAUAUAUCGCAUAUACAUGCAGAUCAUCAGCUGGGACUUAUUGGUUUACUAUUAAAAAGAAAACAAAUCACGAACGAUAAGUUAUACUUACUAAUACCGAUGAAUAUGAUACCGUGGUUAAACUUUUAUAAUGAUCGAUUUGAAUCUAUAUCACAGCAAUAUAUUUUACUGAACAAUAGUGAUUUAUAUAUGAAUCACCAUAAAUUAAGUGUGCUUUUUGAAAUUGAACUUUUCAAAUUCUUGAAUAUUAAAACAAUAGACACGGUUUAUGUUGCACAUUGUAAGCAAGCGUUUGGUAUCGCUAUUACUCUUGAAAAUGACAAAAAAAUCGUUUAUAGCGGUGAUACUAUGUUUUGUCAAAAUCUCAUAAACUUAGGUAAAGAUUGUGAUUUAUUAAUUCACGAAGCAACCAUGGAAGACGAACUUGCAACAUUAGCAAAACGUAAACUACAUUCAACAACUUCUGAAGCGAUAAAUGCUGGCAAAUUUAUGAACGCAAAAUUUAUCUUAUUAACGCAUUUUAGUCAGCGUUACUCAAAGAUUCCUUUCCUCCCAGAAAAAGAAACAAACGUUGGACUUGCUUAUGAUAAUAUGGAGAUCACAUUAUCACAGUUACCGUUGUUACCACUUUUUUAUCCAUGUAUAAAAAUAAUGUUUAAUGAAUAUAAUAAAGUAUUGGGUGUUUGA